UAUUUCAUUUUUGUCAACCAAAAAAAAGGCAUGGAUAUUUUACAGACGAACGAUGUCGUUUUGAAUAAUAAAUAUAAAUAACCUAACAAAAAAUAGAAAAACGUAAAGACAAAACGGGAUCCUUUCUCACUCACUUACUGUUUUCAGUUUUGUGUAUUUUAAUUUAAAAAAUUUCUCUGCUAAAGAGUAAGAGAAGAGAUAUAGUUUAUAGGUAUAGCCAUGGCGGCAGCAACGUCGGAUUCUCCAAUACCCGAUUCUGACUCUGAUUUCGAUUCCCAAUCUAACCCUAACCCUUCUAAUGCAUUGGUCCCUAACUCCUCCAGCGGUGCCACCGUAUGUCUUUUUAGAUUCGCUGGUGACUCGGCCGCCGGUGCUUUCAUGGGCUCUGUUUUUGGCUAUGGUGCGGGGCUUGUAAAGAAAAAAGGCUUUAAGGGAUCUUUUUCCGAAGCGGCAUCCUCUGCCAAGACAUUUGCUGUUUUGUCUGGAGUUCAUAGUUUAGUUGUCUGCAUAUUGAAGAAGAUUCGAGGAAAAGAUGAUGUUAUCAAUGCUGGAGUAGCUGGUUGUUGCACUGGUCUUGCUCUUAGUUUUCCUGGUGCACCCCAAGCGCUUCUGCAGAGCUGUCUUACCUUUGGAGCAUUCUCAUUUAUCAUUGAAGGCCUUAAUAAGCAGCAGCCAGCUCUGGCUCAUCAAUUUUCUGCAAUUAAGCAACACAAGCACUACAAUGUCCGUCCGUCGAGGACCCUUCUUCCCCUUCAGUUCCCUCUUCCGAAUGAACUCGGACAGGCGUUCUCUAUGUUUUGCGAGUCGUUGAAGAAACACAAGAAUGGUCCUUUAUCCACAGCCAGUUAAGAAGUUCUGGUCGUGUUUUUGUGGAUUUCCUUGAUCAUUGUGUUUUAUUUGUGUGGUGGUACUAAGAGGAGUUGGUUAGGUUCGCUAAGACAGACCAUGAUGUAGUUUGUAAAUUUUUAGUCGGAACUGGAUUUGCUGGUAAUAACAUCUUUUUCUAUCUAGCUGUCAUUCUUGAUUGCCAAUGCCAAUGCCAAUGCCAAGAGCUUUUUUUAUUGGGAAAUAGUUUAGAACUUUAUAUGUACCUUCCACUCUUGAUAUUUGGACUUUAUAUCCAAAAUAAAAGUUGUUUCGGACAAAA